AUGGUCUCCCAAGUUCGGAUCGGCUAUGUGCCUGAGCACUACCUGUUGCCUCUCCACCUCGCCUCUCAGAACUCGUUGUUCCCAUCCUCAUUACAAGUCACUCUUGUUCCAUUCCCUGCAGGCACUGGUCAUAUGAUCACUUCCUUGAGAUCCAAGGAAAUUGAUCUUGCCAUUGGUCUCACCGAAGGAUGGGUAGCAGGGUUGCUCAAUGACAGCAACAAGGACAAACCAUUGGAAGAGAAAGGAUACUCAAUCGUAGGAUCAUGGGUGUCAACUCCUCUUCGGUGGGCCAUUGUGACCGGGAGGAAUCGUGACGAUAUCAAGUCAGUUGACGAUCUCAAGCAGCACAGAAAGGUGGGAGUGAGCAGGAUAGGCAGUGGCAGCCACGUCAUGGCAUUUGUCCUUGCUCAGCAACAAGGUUGGUUACAACAGACCUCUGACUCCAAGUCGGAGGAUCUCACCAUCGUGCCGCUUGGUCCAUUCGCAGAUCUGCGCAAUGGAGUCACAAACUCUACCGCCGAUUUCUUCAUGUGGGAGCAUUUCACAACCAAGCCAUAUUUUCAUGAAGCAGACAGCCCGUUGAAGAAGAUUGGGGAGAUUUAUACACCUUGGCCGUCAUGGCAUAUCGCGGCGUCAACCUCGACCUUUCCUCCGACGGACCACUCCUCAAGUGAAGCACUGUCUGGAAUUUUCGAGGCACUGGACAAAGGCAUAGCAUUGUUCAAUGAAUCACCCGAUCAAGCCGUCCGAAUGCUUGGGACGGGUGAAGCUGGAUGUCAUUAUUCUGAGGAGGAUGCGCGAGAAUGGCUGAAGGAUGUCAAGUUUGUGCAGGGUACCAGAGGCGUGGAUGGAGGAAUCGCAAGUGGAGUGGUGGAUGUGUUGAAAGGUGCCAACGUUAUUGGGCAGGCAGUUGAAUUGGUCGAUGGUGACGGAGUGGUGGGGAUUUCAAGGUCGUAG